AUGUUAGACACCGACGACUUCGUUGUCGUUGAUCGACCAGACGCCUCUUCUGAAAUCGCUAAACUGUCGGACUGGCUGCAGCCGACUGCCUACCGCGAUCAGUCCUGCGACUUUUCCAAGCAUCUCAAUGCGCAUGUGCCCGGGACGGGCAACUGGCUCGGGGAGACUCCUCAAUACCAACAAUGGCAUAACACAGAUUCCCAUGGCGUCCUUUGGAUCAAAGCUAUCGCGGGAGCAGGCAAAAGCGUCCUGACUGCUUCGUGGAUUUCGCAAUUGCAGCAGAAUGAGCCCCAGGCAAUUGUUCUUUUCUCUUUCGUCCGCCAGAUUGUCACAGCAAAUCAUGAAUCCCAUGCAUUGAUCCGCGAUUGGCUUGACCAACUGCUUCCUCACUCGCCAUCUCUUCAGGCAGUCCUCAUAGCCCGUCGGAAGAAAACCUCCAGCGCCAUCACUGAAAUAGGCUUCGCCGAGCUCUGGCGGAUCCUGACCGACGCGUUGCUAUCUAUGCCGACCCGGGUUUAUUGUGUCGCCGAUGCAUUGGAUUAA